AUGGGAGUGCUGACUUUGAAUCAUCUAUUUGUUGGGAGCUUCAUUGAGUCCAAUGGAGCAUCCCGUACAGUGUUCAUCUCCCUUCUAAUUCCAUGUUGCCUGACUGUGGAUUUCAGUGCCCCACCUCUUAUCCCAAAUAUGCCUUUCCUCUGGGUCUGGAAUGCUCCAACUGAAGCUUGUACUGGAAAGUUUGACGAGCCGCUAGAUAUGAGCCUCUUCUCUUUAAUAGGAAGUCCCAAGAAAGGUAUCACAGGGCAAGGUAUUACAAUAUUUUAUACGGACAGACUUGGCUAUUAUCCACACAUAGAUAAGACAGACACAAGUGUGCAUGGAGGAAUCCCCCAGCUGGGGUCCUUACAAAAGCAUCUGGACAAAGCUAGGAAAGACAUUUUCUUUUACCUACCAGUAGACAACGUGGGCUUGGUUGUCAUUGACUGGGAAGACUGGAGGCCCACCUGGGAAAGAAACUGGUCACCUAAGACUAUUUAUAGGAAAAAGUCUAUUGAGUUGGUCCAGCAACAAAAUUUACGACUGAAUAUCACAGAAGCCACUAAGAUCGCCAAAAAAGAUUUUGAAAUGGCAGGAAGGAGAUUCAUGGAAGAGACUUUAAAAUUGGGCAAAUCAAUUCGGCCAAAUCACUUCUGGGGUUUUUAUCUUUUCCCUGAUUGUUACAACCAUGACUACAAAAAAUCCCAUUACACCGGAGCGUGCCCUGACAUAGAAAAGAAAAGGAAUGACGAUCUGCACUGGUUGUGGAAGGAAAGCACCGCCCUUUUCCCAUCCAUUUAUUUGAACAGCAACUUGCAGUCAUCCUCACUAGCGGCACUCUUCUCUCGUAAUCGUGUACAGGAAGCUAUUAGGGUUUCUAAAAUGAUUAAUGCUAGAAACCCACUUCCAGUUUUUGUAUAUACCCGCCUGGUUUUUACUGAUCUUACUUUGCAAUUCCUUUCUCAGGUUGACCUCGUGAAUACAAUUGGUGAGACUAUUGCUCUGGGAGCCUCUGGAAUUGUAAUAUGGGGAACUCUUAGUUUAGCGCGGAGUAUGAAGGCUUGCUUGAACCUACAGGAUUACAUGAAGAUUACACUGAAUCCUUACUUAAUUAAUGUAACCCUAGCAGCCAAAAUGUGUAGCCAAGUGCUUUGCAAGGAGAAGGGAAUUUGCAUUAGGAAAAACUGGAAUUCAGACGACUAUCUUCACCUCAAUCCAAGUAACCUUGCUAUUCAAAUUGGGCAAAAUGGAAAGUACAUAAUACAUGGAAAACCCACAUUUGAAGACCUACAGCAUUUUUCUGAAAAAUUUCAUUGCAGCUGUUACACUGACUUGAAUUGUGAGCAGAAAUCUGAUUUAGAAGAAGUUAAGUUUAUUAAUGUGUGUGCUGUUGAAGACGUUUGUAUAGACACCUCACUAAACCCAGAAUCCAGUCUGGACAUUGGGGAGAGCUGGGAGAGUGGGGAGAGUGAGGACAGCAGUGAGUCCUUCACAUCCUCUGCCACAGUGUCUCCACAGAUUCCUAGGAACGACAUCAGUGGAGGACUCUUAAUUCUAUACAUGUAUUCACAGCAUUUGAAAUAUUUGGCAUAG